AUGACGGUUGCCACCAGCGACCCUGCAGAUGAAGCAGCGGCGCAUUCAGGUCAGCCUCAUGAACAAUAUGACCCUGAGCAGGAUCACGAAUGUUGUGAAAGGGUUGUCAUCAACAUCUCAGGCUUACGCUUUGAGACCCAGCUCAAGACACUCUCCCAGUUUCCAGAGACUCUGCUGGGUAAUCCCAAAAAAAGAAUGAGAUAUUUUGACCCUCUCCGAAAUGAAUACUUUUUUGACCGCAAUCGUCCAAGUUUUGAUGCUAUCUUGUAUUAUUACCAAUCGGGAGGGAGGCUACGUCGCCCUGUCAACGUGACACUGGACAUUUUUUCUGAAGAGAUUCGGUUUUAUGAAUUGGGGGAGGAAGCUAUGGAAAUUUUCAGGGAGGAUGAAGGUUUCAUAAAAGAGGAGGAGCGACCACUGCCAGAGAAUGAGUUUCAGAGACAAGUGUGGCUUCUGUUUGAAUACCCAGAGAGUUCAGGCCCAGCUCGAAUCAUUGCCAUCAUCUCUGUUAUGGUGAUUCUUAUCUCUAUUGUCAGCUUUUGCCUGGAGACACUGCCUCUUUUCCGAAAUGAAGAUAGGGAGACUUACAACAAUCACUUUCAGUUGAAGUCCAACGUCACUGCUAGGUAUGACAGCUCAUCAUAUUUUACAGAGCCUUUCUUUAUUGUGGAGACCCUCUGCAUCAUAUGGUUCUCUUUUGAGUUCCUUGUUAGGUUUUUUGCCUGUCCAAGCAAAGCUGGAUUUUUUGGUAACAUCAUGAACAUCAUAGAUAUUGUGGCUAUCAUCCCUUACUUCAUCACCCUGGGCACAGAGCUUGCAGAGAGGCCAGAGGAUGGCCAGACAGGCCAGCAAGCUAUGUCCUUGGCUAUCCUUCGUGUCAUUCGUCUUGUAAGAGUGUUUCGAAUCUUUAAACUCUCACGCCACUCCAAGGGGCUCCAGAUCCUAGGACAAACUCUAAAGGCCAGUAUGCGGGAGCUUGGCCUCCUAAUCUUCUUCCUGUUUAUUGGUGUAAUCCUCUUCUCUAGUGCUGUCUACUUUGCAGAAGCAGAUGAGCCAGAUUCACAGUUUAGCAGCAUCCCUGAAGCCUUUUGGUGGGCAGUGGUUUCCAUGACCACCGUUGGCUAUGGAGACAUGGUACCAACAACCAUUGGAGGAAAAAUUGUGGGAUCCCUCUGUGCAAUUGCUGGUGUGCUGACUAUCGCCUUGCCUGUGCCUGUCAUUGUGUCAAAUUUCAAUUACUUCUACCACAGAGAGACUGAAGGUGAGGAACAGGCACAGUAUCUAAACACCCCAAGCGUGCCUAAAGCCAGCUCAGCUGAUGAGCUGAAGAAGAGUGGACGAAGUGGCAGUGGAUCCACUCUCAGCAAAUCCGACUAUGUGGAGAUCCAGGAGACUGUGAACCACAGCACAGAGGACUUCAGACCGGAGAGCAAGAAAACAGGAAACUGCACACUGGCUAACACUAACUAUGUAAAUAUCACUAAAAUGCGCACAGAUGUAUAAAAUGAGCCGUGAAAGAUGAUCCUCUUAGACUUAAGCUGAAUGAUAGAUGGAUGUUUCCCUCUGCUGAAGAAUUAUGCUAUCCAGUACAGGCGCAACGAACAGAGGGGGUGGAAAAUUACCUUGCAGAAAGGGUUUAUGGAGAAGACCUCAUUUUGUCCCACAUCUUGUGGACUAAUCAGUGCAUAUUGUAAAACUGCCACUUGUCUUUAGCACAUUUUGUCUGCAUGGAGUUAGAAUCACAUAACAUCAGUUUAUAACAGUAGUCGUCCUGCUUGCAACGGUAGCCAAGUAGUAGCUAAACCAGUA